AAAGAAAAAGAAAAAAACAAAUAAAAGAAAAAAAAAACACUUCCUCUCUCCGACAUUUCCUUCUUCUUCUUCUCCAACGACGCAGACGAGGUCUGAGUCAUCUCCAUUUCUGUCUCCGACACUUCCUCUGCGUCACAGCCUGAAAUCCGCCGUUCGUCGUCUCCAUCUCUGUGUCGCCGUUCGCCUACAGCUCAGCCUGCACUCCGCCGUUCGUCAUCUCCAUCUCUGUGUCGUCGACUCCGCCGUUCGCCUGGGUCACAUCUCUGCCAUCAAUUCCAAGUUAAUUGAAUCUGAAUGGCAUCAUCUUCGUGUAAUAGGAAGUAUCCUCCACGGCUUUAUGAGAGUGGUAAAACGCCUACUCAAAUAAGGAGCAUGAAUCACAGUUGUUUUCUAGGAAACCUUCAGACGGUGAGGGAGAAUAUCGGCGAAGACGUUUGGUCUGAGUUGAGAGAAUCAGCUGUAGGCGUGAUUAAAAUGGCAGAAAAGUGUUCAGUGUAGACAGGCUUUGGAAGCACUUGGUACAAGUUUGGAAGAGACUGCACUUGCUUCGAGUUUGGAGGAGCCUUCACGCAGAAGAAAAACCCAGCUGACAAAGACUCAAGUUUGGCCAUAUGUCGGGAACUCAACAGUGAAGCGUAUCAUAACUGGUAAAACCAUCUCCAAGGCAUCUUAUGACCCCUUAGCUAAGGUGAAUCCAGAGAAAUUGCAGAAAGUAUUGGACUUCGUUAAGUCUGAUCUGGAAGAUACUGAGUCUGGUUAUGGAGAUAGAAGUGCAAGAUUUUAUUUGCAGUUGAUGAUACCCAGAACAGCUUGGCCAAAAUAUGAUUAUGGCUGGUUGCAUGACUCUCACAUGGCCGCAGCAAUGCUUAUGUUUCACAGACGUGCCAUGCAAUCAGAGUCUCCAUUUUCUUCUCCUCGAAUUGCAUUCCUGGACCGCUGGUUCGUGAACUCAUGGGUUAACGACUACAAGAAGUAUGAAGAGACAAAUGAGUUUUCAGAACAUUAUAGCAUGGCCUUUAAUGGAGAAUACCCAGCUGAAUUUGUCACGGGUAAAAAGUGGUUUAAAGAUGUAGACUCUCUCUUCCUCUGCCACCAUGUCAACGGAGACCACUGGGUUGCUCUUCAUAUCGAGCUGCAUAAUGAGGUAAUAAAUGUGUAUGAUAGCAUUCGAUCUGUGGUAAGUGAUAAGAAGAUGCAAGAGGAGUGCAGGCCGUUCACAAAAAUGCUGCCUGCAUUGCUUAACAAGAUGCUGGAUCAUAAACCGAGAACAAAGCGUUACAAGCAGUUCACCUACCGUAGGGACAAGAAGAUCCCCCAAAACAAAGACCCAGGAGAUUGUGGUGUCUACACUCUGAAAUUUAUUGAAUGUCUAGCUCUGGGGUAUAAGUUUGAAGGCUUAAGUGAUCAGAUCAUACCAGCAAUGCGAUUGAAGAUGGCUGCAGAGAUUUAUGACGAAGUGGGUAUGGAAGAUUAGGAAGUAUAAGUUCUAGUUUGUUUUCAUUUGUAUGCUUUAUCUCGGAUGUAUAACUGUCGGUUUUGCUUGUUUUUGGAUGGUAUUUGCUUGUUUUCGGAUGUGUAUGCAAGAUGUUUAACGUAGAUGGUUAGAUAAUUCAUAUUCUGGCUCGUCUA